AUGGCCAGUGACUUUUCUAGAAUAUCCAGGUUGCUGGCUUGUUUGUUCUUUCAUCCAGAAGAACAAAGUAGAUCAGAUGGAUAUAUGGUUUCUUUAAAAGAUAGGAAAAAAAGCAAUGAUCUUAGAGAUAGUAUGAGAGUAAUCAGAGCCAUCAGUGCGAAAGGCAGAAAUAUUGUACAAAUUGCCACAAAAAAAGUUGUUAUUGGAGCAAAGGCAGGAAGAAAACCUACCCUACCUUUUGCUGUCGAAGAAAAACAUAUAGAUUAUGCCAGCAAUACAGUAAAGUUAGGGGUAGGUUUUGGAAAGUCACAGUUCCUGAAUUAUGCUAGGAAACUUGCUGCAAAACAUAAAUUCAACUUUAAGAAAGGACUUCCACGCAACCAGUGGUGGACUAGGGUUAAACACCGGCAUGGGCAUAAAUUUACUCUGCGAGAACCAGAGGGUACAACUUCAGUUCUACAUCAGUGUAUGGAUAAAGAUAUAGUGUCAAAGUACUUUUGUGUUUUAAAUGACGCCAUGGUGAAAAAUGGUUUUCUCGUUAAACCAGAUUCCAUAUGGAAUGUGGAUAAAACUGUUCUACAACUUGACGUAAAACCAAGAAAAGUGGUUGCACGAAAAGGCACAAAAAACCUCCAUAGUCGAACUAGUGGAAAUCGAGAGUCAAUAACUGUUAUUGCAUGUGUUAAUGUAAAGGGCAUAUUUAUUUCACCCCAGGUUAUAGUGAAGGGAAAGACAUCCAGGUCUUUAUGGGGUUUUAACACUGAGUUCGCGACUCCGGGUACAAAAAGGAGCUGGUCCGACAGUGGUUGGACUAAACAAGGCCUAGCAAAACUAUGGUUUACCAAGACAUUUUUAGAAAACAUUGGCCCACAACGUUCUCAGUUAUUGAUUCUGGAUGGGCGCAAUUCUCACAACUUUAUUGAGCUAAUUGGUAUUGCUAUCCUGAACCAGAUACAUAUAGUUGAAAUGCCUUCACACACAUCAAACUGA